AUGGCUUCGCCCGCCUUUUGCAGCACAACGGCAGCCUUUGUGCACUGGUUUCAGUCUCUUCCUGGCGCAACAUUUUCCAACUCGAUCGAGAUCGUCGACUUGCGUUCUCGCAAUGCCGGUCGUGGGAUAGUUGCCAUCCGCGACAUUCCCGCAGACACCACCCUCUUUACGAUCCCGCGCAGGGCCAUUGUCAAUAUCGAUACGUCGACGCUGCGCUCACAGCUUCCGCAUCUCUUUGAGAGCCAAGGCGAUGGAGACGAUGAGCAGGAGCUGGACUCGUGGAGCGCCCUCAUCCUGGUCUUGAUGUACGAAUACUUCAUGGGCCCGUCGUCUGCGUGGAAACCGUAUUUGGAUGUCCUUCCCGAUGCUUUCGACACGCCCAUGUUUUGGUCCGACGAAGAGCUUCAGGAGCUCCAGACCAGUCCUCUGCGCUCCAGGAUUGGCAAGACCGAUGCCGAGGAAAUGUUUCGCUCCAAGCUACUGCCCGUCAUCCGGAGCAGGCCGGAUGUCUUCCGUUCGAGCGAGGACUACGGCGAUGAGCUUCUCGUUCAGCUCGCGCACAGAAUGGGAAGCACAAUCAUGGCGUACGCUUUUGAUCUCGAAAAGGAAGACUUGGACUUGGACUUGGACGACGACGGCUGGGCUGAGGAUCGCGACGCCAAGUCCAUGAUGGGCAUGGUCCCCAUGGCUGAUAUGCUAAACGCCGACGCCGAGUUCAACGCUCACGUGAACCACAGUGACGAGAGUCUGACUGUGACGUCGCUGAGACCAAUCAGGGCGGGCGAGGAGAUUCUCAACUACUACGGGCCUCAUCCAAACUCUGAGCUUCUUCGUCGCUAUGGCUAUGUCACCGAUAAUCAUUCGCGCUAUGACGUAGUUGAGAUUCCCUGGGACGUUGUCGAGGGUGCCGCGGCAGCCCAGCUGAACAUAUCCAGAGAUGCUUUGGAAGCGGCGCGUGGCCGAAUUGGAGAAGACGAGUGGGAAGACUCCUUUGUCCUGGAGCGCGAGGCGGGCGAGCCGAACUCGGAUGGCACAUUAGCCGGCGCGGCGUCCCUGAACGACAUGUCGGCCGAGUUGCAAGACCAACUGAGGAUGUUUCUCAAAGCUCUGCAGGAGAUUGAUGACAAACUCGUGCAAGGCAAAAGGAGCCGGCAAGAGGCUCUGCAGCUCAUACUGCUCCGGUCGAUCCUGACCAUAGAGUCGCAAUACCCGACGACCAUUGCAGAGGAUGAGUUGCUCCUUCACAGAGACGGCCUUGGCCUGCGCAACAGAAUGGCUGUCCGAGUCAGGCUUGGGGAGAAGAAGCUUCUGGAGGAGGCCAAGGGGCUCCUAUCAAUCUCGUCGGCAGACGACGAGCCCGACAGUCAAUCGAUGCCUUUCAAAAGGCCCAGGCGGAGCAACUGA